AAAUCUUGGUUAUGUGAAUGUGUCAAUUAGAAGUUUCUGCGAUUAGUAUCUUUUUCGAUUUGAUUUUUUAACUAUCGCCAAACGGCACGUUUUUACAAUAAUUUUAAUUAGAAGGUUUGAAAUCGGUUUGUCAUUGUCGAUUUAGACUCGUCGUAUGGGUGCCGCUGGAUAUUAAAUGUGAUCUAGAAUGUUUAAAAAGUGGAGGUGUGUUACACAUUUAAUUGCUAGUGUUUCAUUCAGAUACUGAAUGUAUUCGACCUUCAACGAAGACGCAGGAGACCGCAACGCGCUACAAUUGAAACUUUCCACAACUGACCCUUUCCUGUUGACCCGAAAUUCUGGAUUCUUCAUACCGAAACGGCAGAAAAAGAGAGGCCUAAUUUAAAGCGUUUUCUUCCGAUCUAAUUUCCACGUCCGCCAUUUUUAAAACCAUCGGCGGGACGCCUUGCUCCGCUCAUUAGAUUUCGCCAAGUAUCCUAGUCGUUUCAUUGUGUAAAUUGAGAUUAAUUUAAGUAAUUCGUCUGUUGAUAGAAGGCAGUUUAAAUAUUUUGUCAGUCGGUUUUGGUGCUUCGUUGCGUCCAGAGUCAAACCAGUGCCGCAAUUGCGUGGGGGGUGGAAAAUUAAUUAUCCCUAGUUUGUCAUGUAUUAGUCCGUUUUUGCGAUAGGGUCGGUAGUGCUUCUUCUUCUUUUCGACGAAAGCGUUUCGCCAAAACGGCUGUGGUCCCAAACCGCCCAGUUGCGAUCAAGUUUCGCGUGCGUGAUAGGGUCAGGACAACGUCGUCGUUGUGAUAAAUGGAUAUUGAAUCUUGCUCCUUGCAAGCUAAAAUGUUAAACAUCGACAACAGUUUCCUGCAGAACCGGCGUCAAAGGGAAACCACGGGAAUAAAAAAAUUGUACAAUUCGUUUUUCGUGAUGUUCUAAGCAGUGCCUUUUUCCGCAACCAUAUCCCGGACUGAUUUUUGAGGACCCUUCCUCCGUAGCGUUUUUUUUUUUGUCGUAGACGUUGUAUAGGGCUUUUCUUGUAGAGAGAGAUAACAAAAAUCGAAUAGCUUUUUUUUUACGUCCUAUUAUGGAUUAUAAACUUUACGGCAAUUCGGAUGUCCUGUUGAACGAGAGCUCGUCGUCUAGUUCGAAAGAUUCGUGGAAUUUACCGAGCGAUUGUAGCAUGGAAAACGGCGACGAGUAUUUGGGAUGGAACGUACUGAAAAUCGAAGAGAAGGGUAGGAAACGGAAAGCGUCGUUCGGGAGCGAGGAGCGCGGGACGCGAGGCGGCGUUGCCAAAUACAAACUCGAUAAAGAUCCGCUGGAUUUCGAGGACAAAUCCGAACUGGCGAGGAAAACCGUCACGGGAAAAGGCUCCCUCAGGAUGCCUCAGUGGCAAGUAGAAGAAUAUGGUGACAUCAAUCAGGAUAUCGACAGUUCGCUCAACCUUACGCCGGAAACUGGAAGCGGACAAUAUGUCAGCGAUCACUUGCUUACCAUCACGGGAAUGACGGUAUUCAAGCAGGAAGCGCCAUCACCGACCGCAAUUGGCGACGUCGCACAGUUGCAGAUGACCCACCAGAAUCGUCAGAGUCCGACGUCGACACAACCGGGCACUUUGGUUAACACUGUGAACAAUUCCAUCGAAGACGGCAAUCAAAACGUAUUCAAUAACACCAUCAAUCAAUUGCUGAGUCAAAGUGCCCUCGCUAACUUGCACAACGUCAUCGAAAGUAACAAUUUGUCGCCCUCCUCAAACUCGCAAGACAACUACGCAGUCUCUUCGACAAAUUACAACCUCAUCGAAGAUUGCCGCUUUCAAUACGUAUUGGCGGCCGCUACGAGUAUCGCUACCAAACAGAACGAGGACACAUUGACCUAUCUAAAUCAGGGACAGAGCUAUGAGAUUAAAUUGAAGAAACUCGGCGAUUUGUCGAUGUACAGGGGCAAAAUGUUAAAGUCAAUUGUUCGGAUAUGUUUUCACGAGAGACGUCUUCAGUACAUGGAAAAGGAACAGCUGGCGUCUUGGCAAAGAACAAGACCUGGCGAUCGAAUAUUGGAAGCCGAUAUUCCUUUAUCAUACGGGGCAUUCGAUAUAAUACAACCCACGAAUGCCGUCAAUGUGGUGCACUUUGUUUGGGAUCCUACCAAAGAAGUUGGUGUAUACAUAAAGGUUAAUUGUAUAAGUACGGAAUUCACACCCAAAAAGCACGGCGGUGAGAAAGGCGUACCGUUUAGGAUCCAAGUGGAGACCUACCAGAAUGGAGAUAACAUAACAGGCAGCAAAAGGUUGCACGCAGCUGCCUGUCAAAUUAAGGUGUUCAAAUUGAAAGGGGCGGACAGAAAACAUAAGCAAGACAAGGAGAAGAUAAUGAAAAGACCUCUGUCCGAACAAGAAAAAUACCAACCCAGUUACGAUUGCACCGUGUUAAACGAUAUCCCGAGCGAUGUGGUUUUGUGUCAUUCUCCGGUGCCCACGAACGCUACGUUGCCGAUAAUUGAAAGUGGAUCCGACGUGUCCCAGCCCUCGCAGAUUCCGCAGAACGACAAUACGACCCAGAACCAACAACCGUUUGGUCAACGAGCCACCCCUGCCCUGCCACUUGGGCAAAUAAACAGCGAUAAAAAGGACGACUUCGUGGUCACCCAAGACAAUUCCGCCGACAUUUUCGAAGUAAAGGAACUGACCAAGUACGCCACCCCCGUCGAAACUGCGCACUGGUUGACGCUAAACCGUUUCGACAAAUAUCUGGAAACGUUUGCCAGUUUUUCCGGCUCGGACAUGCUACGGAUGUCCCGAGAUGAUCUGAUCCAGAUCUGCGGACACGCCGAUGGAAUUAGAAUGCAUAACAUUUUGCAUACGAAGACAAUCGCGCCAAAAUUGAAAAUUUACGUGUGCCGAGAAAACGCGUCCAUUUUCUACGCGAUAUUUUUAUCGUCACACGACACCGCGGAGCUUCUACGAAAGUUGGCUGCCCUGGUCGCGAUUAGCCAGGAUCACGUAAGGGAUAUUUAUGUCGAAGGUCCUCAAGGGAUCCACAUUCAGUUGAACGAAGACGUGUUACAGCACAUUGACGACGAAGCCAUGUUUACAUUGACCGUCGUUCAAGAUAAUGGCAGCUUUUUAUUCCUGCUUAAACGUAAAAUAAAAUAGGAUAAAAAGAUAAUUAAUUGUAGAUACUCUCAUUGUGUAUGGGAUGAUAUUAUUUUCGACAUUUUAACUUUAACGUUUAGGUUGUAGAAUUAAGGCCGUCAUUGUCAGGCUUUAUUUUCAGAAUUUGUAACCAUAACCUGUUAUAAUCAUUUUUUCCCAAUUGAAGCGUGGUAUAUGUCAAAAUAUAACAAAAUCAAGAAAAACUGCUUAAAUUUACAAUGGUUAUAAUGUUCCUAAAAAUAAGGUAAAUGCAGGAUACAGAAACAUAAUAUUUGUUAACUAUCGCGACCUCAUUAAAGUUAUAAAAAAUAUAUAUACAAAAAACUCUAAAGUUGAUUUGGAAAUAUCGUGAGUGCCUUAACAUUGAACGUAGAAAUGUCGUACGUGCUACUACAAGUAAAACUUAAAAAAACAUAAAAACACCUUAAAUAAGUUGGAAAAAAAUUAAAUUAACUUAAGAAAAGAGAAAAAACAAUUAUUGAUUUAAUGGACUUAUUAUCAGAUAUUUUGCUAAUGAGAUUACACUUCUGAAGCUGUCUAAAGUUUGACCGUUUUGUAAAACUGCUUUUUGUCAGAAUAACCCUUUUUUGAAUAUACAACACCGGCCUUAUUUUGCUCUUUUCUUACAACAGCUUUACUUAUUUUAAGACUUGUUCUCUUAAAACAAGUAUUAGUUGCUUCCUUAAUAUUCCAGAAACGAUUUUUAAACAUAUCAACAAGUUUAAAAGGGUGGAGUAUAUUUGACCGAUUCGAUUACCUCGGUAACCGGAAACCUUUGUUCAAUGGACGGAAAUAAACCCUUGACUUCCAAGUUUUCCAAAGUGCAAGUUUCACUUUACCUGAACCGCAGGACUCCACAUUAGCAUGCGCAGUUCAGUUUUUCACACAAAUUGUAAUUGUCCACAUUUGGGAAUUCUCAUUUAAAUGUUGCACUAUAAAAGUUGUGUGUUAACCCAGUGUUUGGGAACAACUUCUUAAAGGGUUUGAACAACCGAUUAAUGUUUAAGUGGGAGCGUAAGUACUGCUUAGUUGACUUGACUCUACCAUAAUGUUUAGUACAUUCUCUAUCGAAGCUAAAGAAUUUUGGCUUCAUAUGAUUUGUGCGCUUUUCAGUGUAACAGGUAUCCCAUAAUUUCUUCUUGUGAACAAGUACGUACAAAUUUUUGUAAUACACAGAAAAUGUUUCGGCAAGAGUUUUCUUACGGACGAGAACAUUCAUCAUCAUCUGUUGUUUGCUUUUUACUAUUCGCAACCUCGUACGAGUCGUGACGACGUCUCUAAAUUUUAUACAAGUCAAGUCAUAUAAGACAUGUACCCCGAACUUUUGAAAAGACUCGCUGUGUUUUGUAAUUUCCACUCUUGUCCUGGAAUUCGCAUUUCCAUGAAAACUAUAAAAAGAAACUUACCUACUUACAAAAUUGUUUCACUUGUGUACUAACCUCGCGUGCUGAUUCUUGUUUUGCGAGUUUCAAAACACGGGUUUGGGUUUUAUAUGCUUUUCGAGAAUAUUCUACAUUAACGCUCUCGUUCUCUAGAACAACUUGUAUGUGCAGGUUUGUGCUGGUUUUCACUCAUUUUUUUGUAAAUUAAAUGACAUUAACUCCGUAGCGGAAAGCUAAUGCAAACUGUCAAACGUUUCAUCACAGACUAUGAAAGCAGUCGCGUCGGGAUUAUACCACCUUUCACAUGAAAUUAUCUCUGGGUAUAUUCGAAGUGGCAUCUUUCGGCGCAAUUUGCAAACGCAAUUAUUGCGAUAAGGCACAUAUUCUUUUUCUUAGGACAUGCGGCGGAGCACGUACGACAAUUCUAUCGCAAAAUGUUAAUAUAUCAAAAAAUGGCAUAUACCCCCUUUGAUAUUUCAAUCGCAUCCACAUCACCGUUAUUGAGUGUAAAAUUACUUAUUUUAUCGUGUUUAUUUUUUUCUUGUUAGUUUUCAUUCGUUGUUUCAUUGUUUUGUUUAAUAAGAAUUGAAUGAAACGACGCCAUCUCAAACCGUUGUUUAAGACGAACGCAAGAUCGAAAACAAUUUCAAUUUGAACUUUCUGAAACCUUGUAAAAAGUAUUUUUUUACGAUGUACGAUGACUAUCGGGGUAAAGACGAUGGAAACAACGCAGCCGAAGAAAAAUAGCGGCCCGGGCGCGUAUUGACGGUCUUGGUGAUCACAUGACCCUAAUAGGUCCAGGAUUGAAAUAGGCUACAUUGCAAUAUAAUGGCUUCCUAAAGAUUUGCUUUAAUAUUAAUUAUCUAAAAGUCUUUGGAAACUUAUUUUAGAGUCAGGUAUUAUUUUUUGUAUUAGUAUCAAUUGUUUUAAACAUAUUUUUACGAUCUACAGUUAUUACAAUCUUUUAUUUACGAGUAAUGCAAUGUAGGUAUUAUUGUCGUCAAAUCUUACAAUCGAUUUUAAACAAACUUCCCGUUAACCGAUUUAAAUGAAAUUCGGUAUAGUGAUGUAUGUAUAGGGGCAGGGGGUGGCCAGGGUGUCUGAGGGCGUAAAAGCGAGCGUAAACGGGGUUGACACUUAAAAAUAUUUCUCUUUAACAUUUUCUUUAAAGUAUUUUCUGUAUAUUGCAUUAGCUCUUCCAAAACAUCCGUAUUGUUUAAAUAUUUGCAAUUUUUUUUAGAACUUUAACUUCAGAGGACACAAAAUGCUCUAUAUGCACUGUAAAUGCUAGGUCUUCUUCUAUAACAAUAGAGCCUAAUAUCAGCCCUAAUAUCAAAUUUCAUCAAAUUUAAGUAUAUUUUCCAUUAUCUCAAAUUAGCACCUACCGAUUGUUCAGAUUAUUACUGUUACUGUAAAACAGCUGAAUAUCUCCCAGUGAUGGAAUUUUUUGGCAUUUUCAAAGGUUUUUGUGUCUCUAGGCUUGUUUUUAUCGACAUCAGCUAAACGAACAACAUUGGGCUGUGUUUAGGUGAAGUACUUCACCUUCCGAUAAUUUUGGCCUCUCACGAGCAUAUUCUUUGUACUCUCCUUUUUAACUAGGCACUUGUCAAUCCAAAUAAAAUCUUUCUCUGCCGUUUCUUGACUUGUAAUUUGCCCGACACCCAAAAACACAACAACAUCGCGGCAUGUUUGCACUGUUCUUGGUACUUUCUUUUACUUGGUUUUUAUCACAAAAAAAAGGUUUUCUCAAACAUUUUUAGUUAUUGAUAACACAAAAAAUACAGUUAAAAAUCGAGUUUCAAAGUUUAAAAUACGGCGGUAUAACCUACAAACACCGUUACCCAAAGACACAACUUCGCGGAUAGUUUGCACUGUUGUUUAUGUCACUUGGCUUUUACUACAAAAUCCACACGGGCUUUUAAAACAUUCCAGUUAUUACUGACACAAAAGAAAAUAAAAAAAACGAGUCACGUGACUUUCGCGCGGCAGUGCCGGUUUUUUUCGUCGGCUGCGGGAAAAAUUGAAUAAAUCAGAGACGAGAUAACAAAGAACAUUUUAUAGGAAUAUUUAUAAAAUUGUAUGUUAAAGGACGAUGUGUAUGUUCUAGGAGGUGUCACCACUUUAGGGAACCUCAGAACAAUUAUAAUAAUUUCCUCCAUGAUUACUGGAAACUUCCGCAUCGCCAAAAGCUUGUCUUGAAAUUGAAAAUAAGUGUAUGAGCUUUAAUUCGCCCAUCAAAAAAUUUUGUAAUUAAAAUAAAGAUGUAUAUGAUAUUAAAAAUGUAGUUAUCGAUUAAAAAAAUUAACAAGGUAAAUCUGCAAAACUAAAUUAUAUUUAUAUAGCUUAUAGUGCAAAGUGCGUAGGCGUGUCUUUAGUUGGUUGUCCGAAUGUUGCUUAAGUACACUCGUUCGGGAAACCAAUAACUAAACUUUAAAUUGAGGUUUUUGCGUUCAAUUUGUUCACUAAAUUCCAAAGAAUCUUUUUUUCUCAAAAUUGUAUAUUAUUCUCAUAAAUUUAGACGAAAUUUUUGGCAAUUAAAAAAACAUUUGAACUAACCAAUAUUGAGGCGUUCCAUUUUUUACAUUUUGAAAAAAAAUGGGCUGAAAGCCUUGUAUAACACAAAAUAAUAAAAAAAGGUUAUAUGCCAGGUUUCUUUGGAAAUUUUUGCAAAAUUUAGAUGUAGACAUUUUUAAAUAUGAAUACAUUAUUCUUUAAAAAGUUGUAUCUAUAGGGAAGGUAUUGUGAUCCAGGCAACUCUAACGCCGCCUAUGAGUGCCUUAGGAUAAAGAUGAAAUGAGUCUUCAAUGUUAUAACAAUAUUAAUUAUUAUUGAGGUCAGAGGAUAUUAAUAACAAAACAAGAGCUGUCAAAUAUUUACAUUUUAUACAUUUUAUCAUAGAUUUGUUAUCGUUUUUGUUGUUAAUUUUUACCUAUAAAUAUUAAUAAGUUAAUAUUUUAGUGUUUCUUUAAGAAAAGUGUAUUUUUUAGGCUUUUGCCUCUUAGUUUUAUAUUAAUUUUAGAUUCUGUAUCGAAACGUAAGUUCUGUUAUCUACAUGCAUAAAUAAAAAUAUCAAUUUCUGCCUUAAGACGGCUGAAAUAAAUUUUCUAUUUUGGAAUUGAAAAAAGUAACUAAAAUCGCAAAAGUUAUAAUUUAUAAAUCCUUGGUAAUAUGGAAAUGGGAUAUGUCCACAUCAUAUAGCUAUUUUGAUUGGAAGUAUAAACGUUUUCAUACUUGUAAAUGUGCCUUUAAAAGUGUAUAUUUUUGUGCUGAAGAGUAAUUGAAAUAUACUGGUAGAAUUGUGCAAAUUUAUU